GUCGUUUCCUGCCUUGGUAUCCAUUGGGGACUGCUGAAGUAAGUUGUCACACAGCCACCCAUGGAAUACUAUGAAGUCGGAAAAGAUAAAAGUAGAUUACACUUCAUGUCAGUAGAAAUGGACAGCAGCAGUUUUAUUCAGUUUGAUGUGCCCGAGUACAGCAGCACCGUUCUGAGCCAGCUAAAUGAACUCCGCCUACAAGGGAAACUAUGUGACAUCAUUGUCCACAUUCAGGGUCAGCCAUUCCGAGCCCACAAAGCAGUCCUUGCUGCCAGCUCCCCAUAUUUCCGGGACCAUUCAGCAUUAAGUACCAUGAGUGGCUUGUCAAUAUCAGUGAUUAAAAAUCCCAAUGUGUUUGAACAGUUGCUUUCGUUUUGUUACACUGGAAGAAUGUCCUUGCAGCUGAAGGAUGUUGUCAGUUUUCUGACAGCAGCCAGCUUUCUUCAGAUGCAGUGUGUCAUCGACAAGUGCACACAGAUCCUAGAGAGCAUCCAUUCAAAAAUCAGUGUUGGAGAUGUUGACUCUGUUACCGUUGGUGCUGAAGAGACUCCAGAGAGUCGAAAUGGAGUUAAAGACGGCAGUUUCUUUGCCAACCCAGUCGAGAUCUCGCCCCCUUAUUGCCCUCAGGUACGGCAGCCCACCACAAGCAGUGAUCUGCGGAUGGAGACGACGCCCAGCAAAGCUUUGCGCAGCCGCCUCCAGGAGGAAGGGCACUCGGACCGAGGGAGCAGUGGGAGCGUUUCUGAGUACGAGAUUCAGAUAGAGGGGGACCAUGAUCAAGGGGACCUGUUGGUGAGGGAGAGCCAGAUCACUGAGGUGAAGGUGAAGAUGGAGAAGUCUGACCGGCCCAGCUGUUCUGACAGCUCCUCUCUGGGAGACGAUGGCUACCACACUGAGAUGGUUGACGGGGAACAAGUUGUUGCAGUAAAUGUGGGUUCCUAUGGUUCUGUGCUCCAGCAUGCAUAUUCCUAUUCCCAGGCAGCCUCACAGCCAGCCAGUGUAUCAGAAGCUUUUGGAAGUUUGAGUAAUUCUAGCCCAUCCAGGUCCAUGCUGAGCUAUUUCCGUGGAGGGCGUGCCCGCCAAAAGCGGGCUUUGUCUGUCCAUCUGCACAGUGAUCUACAGGGCUUGGUGCAGGGUUCAGACAGCGAAGCUGUGAUGAAUAACCCCGGGUAUGAGAGCAGCCCCCGGGAGAGGAGUGCAAGAGGUCACUGGUACCCGUACAAUGAGAGGUUGAUCUGUAUUUACUGUGGAAAGUCCUUCAACCAGAAAGGAAGCCUUGACAGGCAUAUGCGACUCCAUAUGGGAAUCACCCCCUUUGUGUGCAAGUUCUGUGGGAAGAAGUACACACGUAAGGACCAGCUGGAGUACCACAUCCGGGGCCAUACUGAUGAUAAACCAUUCCGUUGUGAGAUCUGCGGGAAGUGCUUUCCAUUCCAAGGUACCCUCAACCAGCACCUGCGGAAAAACCACCCAGGUGUAGCAGAAGUCAGGAGUCGUAUUGAGUCCCCCGAGAGAACAGAUGUGUAUGUGGAACAGAAACUAGAAAAUGAUGCAUCGGCCUCCGAGAUGGCCCUAGAUUCCCGGAUGGAAAUUCAUACAGUGUCUGAUGCUCCUGAUUAAGAUGAAUGAACUGCAAAAAAUUUGUGUUGUGAUUGAUACAAAAUUACGUUUGUGACAAGAAAUUUCCAAAUUAAGGACAUGAGAGGUGAAGCUCAGGGAAGGACCCUCCUUUCACUCAGGCUUGGGGCCUUCUAAGAGGUCUCCAGAGCAUUCUGUGAUGUAUCAGACAAGGUAGGAGGAGAAACACUUGGGGCUAGCCCCUCGAAUGUUCUGGUUCUUGUCACUGUGUCUGUCUUAACCUUAUUUACAUGGCGUCCUUUGUAUUUGUAAAUGUGUUUAACUGGUUUGAGUUUACCAAAGAGUGACUUAUCCAAAAUUGUCUUUGACAAAAAUAUACAUUGCUUUGAUUGUACAGUUCAGGUUCAAACAUUGUAAUGGGACUGUUAAGGGGCAGAAAAUUGAUUGAGUUUCCCUCGAAUAAUUGUGAUUCCACAUUUUGCAAGUUCCACUUGCUCCCAUUCAUGUUGCUAACACUUUACCCUUUCCACUGCUAGCAGUGUUAAGAAAGAAUUCUCAAGCCAUAACACAGUACUGUAAGGUUCCACAGGGCUUCGAGGGAGGCAGCGGAGGCCAGCCCGCCGCUGCAGCCUCUCUGAGUGUGCGGGCUGCCGUGCUUCCCAGGGUGCAUGGCAGGUGACAGGUUACUCCAUUCAGAUCGGGCAGCAGCAAUUACUUGUGCCUUGUCACAUGAGGAUGUGCCAGGAGGAUUACCAUGACCACAGAGCAGAAACAUUCUCUCCCCGAAGUUCACCUCACGUCUCUGCAGACGAAGCACGCUGUGUAACUCCUUAGAGCAACUCUUUUUGGAAAGCAAAGUCCCUAUUUCUGUACAGUUUUAGGUUAGACGUUUCAUUUAUAACAAAUGCAAAAAUCAGUUAAGAUUAAAGUGAUAUGUGAAGAAAUCUUUUACAGUAAAAUAUAUCCUGAGUUCCUAUAGGUUUGUUCAUAAUUGAGUCUCUUCUUGAGCUACCUUUUCCAUACAUAGACAAUGUGAAGACAGUGACAGCAUCCUUUCUAUAGGGUUUUACCUGUUAUUACAAACUGUGAAGACAAAGAAUUUUAUACUUUUACUGUUUGUGCUUCUAAACAGUUAUUUUCAUUCUAAUCAGUUCUCUACCCUCUAAUUUCUACUAAAGCUGUAAAUACAUUUAGAAAUUAUAUUUGUAAAUACAGUAUAUGAAGACAAGUUAAUUUUUUGGUCAGUGGCAAACCUCCCAGUUGGCGCUGCCUUGGCAGUUUCUUGUGGGUUUUUUUAACAGCAGAGAAAGGAUACUGUCGGUUCACUGUUAAGCAGAAUAUACUGUAGAACUAAAUUGAUCAUUUUUAAAUCUUCCAGAGCAUGAGUAGAUGUCUUUUCUAAUGAUAGCAGUUAUAACCAAGUCUUUGUUUUCCCUUAGCCCAGACCAUAGGCCUGCAUAUUUUUGUGUGUGGUUUUGUUUUUACUUUUGUUUUUACAAUCUAGACUCUAGGAACAAUUUGCAGGAACACAAAACAAGGGCUGGGGGGGAAAUCAUCUAUGUGAAUGAGCUUUACUUUGAAGAAAUCAGUGUAUUUUAUUUUAACAACUUUUUUCUGUUAGUUACUGUGAUUUUUUGUUGUUGUUAUCGUCGUCGUUGUCGUUAUUGUUAAAUUCUAUAAUGGUUUCCUGUGAAGCCUCCACUGAAAGGGACUCAAAUAUGCAACACCUAAACUAUUUUCCAAGGGCACAUGCCCCUUGAAUGGUGCUUCUAGACUGGUCAGGGUUAUUUAUUAAAUUUUAUAUAUGAAAGUAUUGGGGAACUAUGUAAAUUCUUUAUAUGAAACUAUCUAGUUCAUAAAUCAUAGAUUUCAUAUUACUCAGUGCAACUGAACUAAAAGUUCAGAAGAGUCAUUCACAUUGUUCCAAAUUUGUAAUGGUUGCCACACGCCACAUACGUCUUUUUCAGUAAGUGCCAGAGUGUUUCCACUGUUUCUGCCCAGUGCUUGACCUCUCAGCCCGGAAGAGAACCUGUUUUCUCUGGGUCUGCACAGACAGGGCUAUUGUAUCUUGAUCAAGUCCUGAAGUGAGCCUUGCAGUAGAUUCAGUAAACGGACCUCUUGCUGCCCCUCAGUGACAAGUAUGCUGUGAAUUCAACCAUUGGACUUGCUGCCCAAGCCUUUGGUUGCUGCCCUGACUAUAGUAAGAGGUAAACUUACCUGGUUUCUUUGAGAAGGACCAUUUUCCUAAUGUGAAAACCAUCUCUCUCACCACUUUUAUUAGUAGGGCUAUAACAUUUUCUUCCGUUAUAAAUGGUUGAGCAAUUUGAAUGACUCAACAGUGUCAUUAUCUUGCAAUAUAAACUGGUAACCUCACAACUCCACACUUCAUCACCACAUGAAGUAAAUGAAGCUAGCUAAGCGGAUGCUGUAUCAACUAGUAACUUGCCAUUAAGGAUUAUUUUAUAGCAUGAAUUUAAGACUAUUUAUUCAAAUGAUAUUUUACUCUUGUAUUCAUUUUGUUUUAGAUUUGUGACAUGAAUAUUUCAGUGCUGCUUAAUUUUGUUCUGAAUUCUUGUUUCUUGCUUGUAAAUGGCUUUUUUUAUGGUAUAAAGUCAAUGGAAAUUGCUGUUUGUAAAUAAAAAUGCUGCUAGAGC